GGUUUGGGACGCAGCUUGUCUCCGCCUUCUCUUCUCUCGUCAGCUUUUCUUCCCUCUGGGCGAGGAGGUGUGUUAUUGGCAGUCGCAGGUUAGACCACAGAAGCUGUCAGCAUUGUCAAACUUCUGGCCAUCUGGGGGAAUGAAGAUCACAAUGAAUUUACAGUUUUGCCUUCUUUUUAUGGCUUCUCUCUCUCUUGGAGGAUGUUGGGAAGCACCUUGGUUUUGUCAUGGUCAUGAAUGUCCAGUUUACACUGUUGUAAAUACAUAUGAGGGUUUUGAGGAGCGUCGGUAUAAUGCCAGUCAGUGGAUUACUACAGAUAUUCCAAGCACCAGAGAGAAAGACAUCCAAGAUGGCUUUUGGAAACUCUAUUACUUCAUGCAAGGGAAAAAUAAGGAAGGAAAGGAGAUUGCCAUGACCAGGCCAGUAGUGGUGUCAGUUAGUGAGGCAGUUGAGAACGGGGGUAGGCAAGUGUCGAUCUCCUUCUUCAUCAACGCAGACAUUGUCCUCCCUAAACCUAAUGAUGAGACCAUCAAAAAUAAAGACCUACCUGCUGCAACAGUGUACGUUAGGGUAUUUGACGGAAUUGCGUCUGAGGCUGAUGCUAUUGAGAAUGUGGAGAAGCUGAAGGAGUACUUGCAGGCUGCGGGGAAACCAUUUGAUAGCACAAGGUUUGAGGCAGCUGGAUAUGAUGCUCCAUGGGACCUAAUCAACAGACACAAUGAAGUGUGGAUCUAUGCGGUCUGAGUACUAGCUACAGAUGUUACUACAGAGUAACAGCUAUGAAUCACAGAUAUCACAUCACUGUUACAACUAAACAAUCUCUCUUUCUGAAUGUAGCUUUUAUUCCUAUGUGCAAUAGCUUCUUUAACUUAAAAAUACUUAAAAAUACUUAAAAAUCAUUUAGGCAAAGACUUGUAUAAGUAAUAUUUGUGGAUGAUUUUUUUUUAAUCACUGCUGCCAAAGUGUUUCCUUAAAGUUAAGAUGUAAACAAAGGUGUUUGUACUCUUUUUUUAAAUAGCACACAUUAACUUACAUAAUGAGCCAUAUGUUUUUUAACUAAUGUGCACACAGUUGUUUAACUACUAAGUCAUUUAUAUACAUUAUUUAUAUAAAUUAUGUAUAUAUUGAGCUGUAUAAACAAUAAGUUAUUUCACUUCAGGUACUUCACAUCAGUCAUAAAAUCAGAGGGUUAUGUGUUAUAGCCUAUACUGACUAAAACUCUUAUGAAAGUUCUUAUGAAGUGAUAAUUCCUCACUUAGGAUUAAUUAGUGCCAGAGGUUUCUGCAUGGGACCAGCAGAUCCUGUAGGGCCUGUUCAGCUUGACAGUCAAAAGUCUGUUCCUACAGUGGCCCAGUCAUUAAAGAUUUUAAGCUUGUCCUAAAGAAAACCUUUUAAAACCCUUAGUAUUAUUAUUAUUAUUAUUAUUUUUGAGGAUGUAUGUUGAUACACUGAAGGGUAAAAUAAGCAGUUGAAUUUUCUGUUGUAUUUAAAGCUGUAUAAUCAAUCAAUAUGCCUAAUGGACAGAGAGUCGGACUUGCAACCCGAAGGUGAACCUGAAGGUUGUGGGUUCGAGUCUCGGGUCCGGCAGGGAUUGUAGGUGGGGGGAGUGAAUGACCAGCGCUCUCUUCCACCCUCAAUACCAAGACUGAGGUGAGACCCUUGAGCAAGGCACCGAACCCCCAACUGCUCCCCUGGCGCCGCAGCAAAAAAAAGGCUGCCCACUGCUCCGGGUGUGUGUUCACGGUGUGUGUGUGUGUGUGUGUGUGUGAUCACUACUGUGUGUGUGCACUUGGAUGGGUUAAAUGCAGAGCACAAAUUCCUAGUAUGGGUCACCAUACUUGGCCACACUUCACUUCACUUCACUUCAAUCAUGAGGCUAUACUAGCUAUGCUGCUUGACAUUUUUGAAAUGUGCUGCAUUUACAUAUGAUUUGGACUGUAUCCUAUCAAAUAUAUUCUCUGACCACUUAAGAAUUAUAUAAAUAAAUAUUUUUACAGUAAAGACCAAUUUAUUGAAUCACAAUAUCUGAGUUUUUUUUAAAGCUACCCCUCUUGUUUUUCGUUUUACUAUCUAUUUUGAAGUGGACAUAUUUUAUGAAACGGGCAGAAAAUAUAGACACAUAAAUUAUUAAGCACGUUUGCCUCGCA